AUGCAAUUAAUAUUAUUUAUAGUUUUUCUUAUUGUAUCGAGUGUUCAAACGCUUGACUAUGAUAUUAACAAUCAACAAUUGUGCACUCAUAACCCAUUUAUGGUUAAUUUUCAUCAUAAUUGUUCUCGCACACGAUUAAUUCCAGAUGUGAACACAAUAAAUGAUAAUCGAGUUUUACAAAUAGCAAUUAUUUUUUCGCCACCAAAUGAUACGACAAGUUUGCGUAUCAAUACAUCGUUAAAUAUAAUUCGAUCAUCAAAUUAUAAUCAAACAAUUUAUUUUAUGUUUUAUACAAUUCUAGAACAACAGAUGGUAAUAAAUAGUGAAAUAAAAAUUCAACUCAAUCUCAUCUCAAUAGGCUUAUACUCGUAUGAUACAUUUUCGACACAAUUUAUUCCAUGGACAAAUUCAAUUUAUCUUGCAAAUUUAAAUAUUCCAUUUAGUGAGAGUUUGUGUUUACUAAAAGACAAGCGUUUGUAUCCACCAGAAAAAAUUUCUCGUUGUUACUUUCUUUUUACAGAUGAAACAAAUCUUACCAUAGAUCUAUCCCAGUCAAGUUCUCAUAUUCCAUCAUUAAUGAAUCUUUUUGAUGGAUGUUUUGCUGUAAAAACUAGUCUUACAACACUUGCAAUAGUUCUUAUUGUUAUUGUUACCGUUUUUAGUCUUAUUUCAUUAGUUCUUGUGGGUCUCUGUCUAAAGAAACAAUUGCGUCAAUUGUAUGAAAUCUUGGAAAAUUGCAUACGUCAUAAACGCGAUGAGAUCCCAUCGGGUGUUUUUACUGGCACGCCUACAACAUGA